UCUAUGGGCACGCCAGAGUGUCGUGGUUUGCCGUAGCUUUAAACAUCUUGACAAAAGUAUUUUCACGCACUUCGCGUCAUAAGGCAUUGUACAGUUUUCUGAGAAACAAUGACGAUUACGGUCCAACAAAUAUGGGAGCAAGCACCAGGCGGGGCGUGGGUGUAUUUUGUAAUUUUGGCCAUCCUUUACGUUGUAUACAUACUGAAGAGCUACAUCAGAAGCGUAAUACUAAUCUCUCGUUUAAAUGGUCCAAAGACGGUACCGAUUAUUGGGAACGUGAACUGUGCUCUACAAGAGAAUUUCCUUUAUAGAUUAGCAAACGAGAAUCAAUUGUAUGGACGCGUUAUCAGGAUAUGGUUGACAGUGGUACCGUACGCAAUGUUCUUAGAGCCGGAAGAUAUUCAAGCAGUGCUCAGCAGCACGAAACACACCCGGAAAGUGUUCCUGUACAAGUUACUGGACAAUUUCCUCGGUAAAGGUUUGAUCACGAGAGACGCGAAAACCUGGCGAGUUCAUCGAAAGUUUUUGCAGCCCGCGUUUCAUCUUCACAUUCUCGAGAAAUUCACGAGCACCUUUGCGGAGUGCGCGGAUCAUUUGAUGAACGAGUUUCUCGAGAAGAACGACCAACAGAUUAAUAUAACUACAUUCAUCAACGACGCUGUCUACGAUAUCCUAAGGGAAACUGUUUUGGGAAUCAACCGAAUGAAUGGAUCAUCUGGCGAAGACACGGAAGACGAUCUGCCUUUCCGAAAGGGACAAAUUAUGCUUCUUUAUCGGAUGGUAAGGCCUUGGCUCUUAAUCGAAUGGAUUUAUCGGUUGACGAAACACGGUAGACAGGAAGAGCAACAACGGAAGGAUCUCUUCGAUACGUGUUUCCGAAUGAUGAAAGAGAAACGUGACCAGCUAAGAAACAAAGAUCCUGCCCUUGACGAAAAAGCGGCGAGAAAGAAGAAGAUAUCUUUGCUCGAAUACAUGGUGGAAGUAAACGAAAAAAAUCCUUGUUUCACGGACGAGGACAUCGUUGAGGAGUGUUGCACGUUCAUGCUAGCCGGACAAGAUUCGGUUGGCACCGCGACUGCCAUGACGCUUUUCCUCUUAGCUAAUCAUCCUGAAUGGCAGAGCAAAUGUAUAGAAGAAGUCGACCGAAUUUUCGAUGGAGAUUUAAGGUUGCCUACGAUAAACGACUUGAAAGAGAUGAGGUGCUUAGAGAUGUGCAUCAAGGAAUCCCUCAGAUUGUAUCCUAGUGUACCGAUGAUAGCGAGGAUAUUAGGCGAAGACGUAAAAAUUGGAAAAAAUGUGAUACCAGCAGGCUGCAGUGUGCUUAUAUCUCCGUAUAGCACGCAUCGUCUGCCUCAUCAUUUUCCAGAUCCUGAAGCAUUUAAACCUGACCGGUUCAGUCCAGAAAAUUCUGAGAAAAGACAUCCUUACGCCUACAUACCUUUUAGCGCUGGGCCAAGAAAUUGCAUUGGCUACAAAUUCGCUAUGCUCGAAAUGAAAUCAAUGAUCAGUGCAAUCCUUAGAAGAUGUCGUUUGCAAGCUGUCCCUGGAAAGGAGGAAGUGCGACCAAAAUUCAGGAUGACGAUUAGAGCUCAAGGAGGGCUUUGGGUGAAAGUUAUUGCCCGCGAUCAAACAUCAAAACCUGUUGUAGCUUAAAUGUAAAUUAUUGUUUUAAUAAAUCUCAUUGUUAAACA